UGGUGCUGGAAGUGUUUGGAGUUUGCGUUGAAACAAGAACGCGAAGGGUUAGCCAACUGUGCUCGCCUUGCAUCCUUCACAGCCACCAAAACAACACGCUCUGGCCCGACAAAUUGUUAUGAAACACACUUUAAAGUUUGCUCGGAAGCCGUGGGAGCUGACGUAAAAGUGACUUUUUGAAACUGGAGCUGCUUCCUCCUUCGACAACGGGGUGAAAUAUCUCAACAUCCUCACAAAGAAACUUUGCUUGCUAGGCUGCUAACUCGCCACACAAGGCAGCAAAAAAAAAAAAAGUAUUAUCAGCGGCGAAGACGUGAAAAACAAGCUCGUAUUAACGUUUUAUUUGUCGAGUUUGGUGUUGCUGGUACUCAAAAGUGAGAUUUGUAACGGUUUUUUUGAGUAGUCAUCAUCACCACCAGAGGAGAAAGAGUUGCAGCUGGUAACUUUAGCCAGCCACCACCACCACCAGAGCGCCCCCACAUCUCUACCAGGCAGGACAGCCACUGCUAAUAACAGUGAUUUAAGUUAAUUGGACCCAGAUUUGAGACUGUAAGGAUGUCUGGCCGAAGUGGAGCUGGACACACCAGACAUGCUGCUUUGGGUCCGCAGCCGAUGAAGGCAACUGUUCCCUAUCAGCUGGCCAGCAAACCUCGACCCAGCCGGACAGAUGGGAAGCCAGCUAGAAAGGCCAGGUCCCACCAGCUGAGCCCCGGCAUGAGGCGGACCAUGUCGCUCGAUGCCAUCAUCGGGCCAUACCUGCAGGGACACUGGCCCAAAGAACCAGAGGGCCAGAGCUGCGUGCCUCGCCAGGACAAAUCCACCCAGACCCCAGACUCAUGGUCAGACAGAUCCCACAGCAGGAGAGGUAGCAGCAGCCACAAGCGAUCAGCAUCAUGGGGCAGCGCUGAGCAUCUGAGAGGGAUUGCUAAACUAAAACAGCAACUGCAUCAGGGCAGCAAACCUACAGUCUCAGGAGGACAUGACAAAGACUGCCAGCGGCGCUAUCCUCAAGGGGGUCGUAGCCUUGGAACUGCUCAGACUCAGCCUAUUCCCAUCCCCCCUGCUCCCUUGUCUACACUGGUCCCUCCCCUGCGCUGUAGUGUGGAGGGCCUCAACCAGGAGCUGGAAGGCAUGUUCAUCAGCCAGUCACUACAUCAAUUACAAAGGCUGCUCGAGGUUCCAGACGGUCACCGGGCUCCGGUGCCUCUGCAGAGCUGCAGCAGCGGAUCUCAGAGCGACCCCGCCACCACGCCUCCGUUGUCAGUCUCCACCACCUCCUCACCCUGCUCUUCCCCCAACUACAUCUGCACCUCUCAGCCCAGCUCAGUAGAUGCUCCUCUAGACCUGCACCAAGGCUCAAAUGACAGUGGCUUCCUGUCUCCGUUCUCCUCCCAGAAUGAGGCUGACCCCUCUCCUCUUCUGAACUCCUCAUCUCCAGGGCCCAACAAAAGCUGCUGCUUCCAGAGAGAGCCUCCAGAGGGCUGUGAAAGGGUCAGAGUGUGGGAGGAGAUCAGCGCUCCACAAAAGCACAAGACAGCCUUCAUCUCCUCUUGCCCAGACCCCAACAAGGUAAACUUCACCCCCUAUGGGGGUUCAGCAUUUUGCCCCGUCAGCCUCCCUAAGCCCCUGCUCCCCUCCAUGGACGUGUUGUUCAGAAGCUUUGGCAUGAACCAGGGAACAGGCAUUGGCCAGGCAAUGUCCUCUAGCAACCGGGCCACUCCUCCAGAUCCUCCUGCAGCUACCACAGUGAUGGGAGAAAGCUCCGGAGAGGGCCUUGCUUUAUAAAAUCAGCUGCAGAUCGUUUGUUUGGAAAUGAACAGAGUGGUCUGGGACAGACAUCUAGAUGAUGCCCCCUUCUUCUUAGCUCAUUUUUUUUGCUAUACAGAUACAAGCAAAUAACAUUAUUGCCCAUUUCACACAUUGUCAACAGCAGCAAACCAUUAACAGCUUUCUGCCAAUGAGACAUGAUAAGUUUUACAUUAAUGUUUAUCAAAUUCAUUCAGACUUGCCUAUGACAGCUUUGGUGCACGCUUGACAUUUGUCACACCUGCAAAUGACUUUUGAAUCUGUAUUUCCAGCAUCAACUCUGGUUAAAGGUAACCAUACUUUUGAAGGCUUAAAUCUUGCACAGCUGUUACCAAAAACAGGUCAUGUGUAUGUGCUGCUGGGAGAGCUGCUUUUGAAUCAGGAAUAGUGAAAAUGCUUACUGGAGGAAUAAUCUAGUGUUGAUACAAACUAGUAACAGGCAAAAUGCCGUUCAUGUGCUACUUGUUGUUGUUUAGUGAGCCGAGCAACCAACAAAGAAUGCAUGAGAGCCGUCGUAAUCAGGGUUUCACUGUCAUGUCGUAAGUGAUCCAUAAAUGUUGGUAAAUCUGAACCAGUAAAAGUUGUCACAAAUGUAGGAGGGAAAAUGCCCGGGACACUCAUUCAGAUAUUAAGCUGACACAGUGAGAUUAAAUGGAAAUGACUGGAUGUCUGAAGAGGGCUUAAUGUUAAAAUGAGUCACACUGCCAAGGAAAAUUCUUUCUAUGCUGCUUGUUUUGGGUUUCCUGGAAUUGUGACAUUUCUAAAGUAAAAUAAUUUGGCUCUGUUAUUAUUACCCAAAGAUAUUUACAUUUCUCUUGGCCAAAAAUGAUUGAGACAUGGGGCUGUCUUAAAGCAGGACUGCUCACUUAUUCUGCUCUAAACUGUCACUUGAUAAGUUUGACUGCUUACUUCCUGCACAGAGUUUCCUAUUUGAUACUGUUCCUCAUUUUUAAACUUUGCAUCUGUUAUCCCCCCCCCCCAUCUUUAAGUAUUCAAAGAUAUUUAUCUAUUCACUUAUUUCCUCACACCCAUCACUAGUGUACGAAGCACGACAAAUCAGUGGGUACUUUUUUAUAUUUACCUGAUUUAAAGGAAAAUGAUCAAAUUUUGAUUGUUGUAGAGUAAAGGGAAUUUUCUAGAUGUAGAAUUUUGGGCAGCAUCAGUACCUAAUGGCUUUAGCACAUGCGUUCUUGCUUCUAGAAGCAGUCCAUUUUUAUUUUAUCUUUAUGUGCAAAAAAAGUGACCUGUUGUUGUUGAUUGACGUUGUAGACGUGCGCUCGGUUGUGUUUAGUUCUGAGGUUUCACAGCCCUAGCUGACUACCUAACCAGUUUUAGUGGGAUAGACCUGUGCUCAGUUUCCCUGAAGAUGUUCAUUUUGUUCUGACAAGCUAACGAUCAUAUAGUUUUUAUUUUCUCGCAGACAUGUUUGCACAAGUUGAACUACUACUUUUGAGUCGCAAUUCUUAUUUUUAUAUUCACUUUUGUACUUCAUUGUAAAUGUAAGUGUAGUUUUUUUUUUUUUUUUAACAUCUUUUUCAAAUACCUGCAACAUAAGCUACAAGACUCUUAUCAUUUUUAGUUUUGCUCUGUCAUAUAACUGAGGCAGAUGUUACAUGUGAUAUUGUAUUGGGUGGAUUCUUAUGCACUUCCAGCAGAGGGUUUUACAUGGUGGUGGUCAAGUUGUGUUUUUUUUUUUUUUUGUUUUUUUUUUUCUUUCCCAUAAGUCAGUCUCUGACUAUUCUGUUUGGAUGUCAAUUUAAAGUUGACUGUUGAGACUAACAUCUCCCAGUUUUAUUAAAUGCUGAUGGACUGAAAUGUUCUUAUUCCAAAUAAUUGUCAAUUUUCCAGUUUUUUUUUUUUUUUUUUUUUCCUCC